AACCGCCGCUGCGGAAAAAGAAGAAGAAUGUCCGCCUUUCACGUGUGUUUACUAAAACUGUGUUCAGUGUACUGGUGGUAAAGAAUCUGUUAUAGUAUUAGUCCAUCCACAUCAUUAGGUGUAAUAUGGGGAAGCUCAAUGUUAUUAUGCUGAGAUAUUUAUCUCGAGAUGAUUUCCGGGUUCUCACUGCUGUCGAGAUGGGGAUGAAGAACCAUGAAAUUGUUCCAGUGAGUCUUCUGUCAUCCAUUGCCAGCCUCAAACAUGGUGGCUGCAACAAGAUCCUCAAAGAACUCGUGAAACACAAACUUGUGGUUUACGAACACUCCAAAACCGUGCAGGGCUACAAGUUGAACUACGGAGGAUAUGAUUACUUGGCUUUAAAGACUUUGUGCUCCAGAGAAGUGAUUCUGUCAGUUGGCAACCAGAUGGGCGUGGGCAAAGAGUCAGAUAUUUAUAUUGUUGCAAGUUCAAAUGGGGACCAGUAUGCUCUGAAGCUGCACAGGCUUGGUCGUACCUCGUUCAGGAACCUAAAAAACAAAAGGGAUUACCACAAACACAGGAGGAAUAUGUCCUGGCUUUACCUCUCACGCCUUUCUGCCAUGAAGGAGUUUGCCUACAUGAAGGCGCUGUAUGACCGAGGCUUUCCUGUUCCCAAACCUGUGGAUUACAACAGACAUGCUGUAGUGAUGGAGCUCAUUAAUGGCUAUCCUCUAUGUCAGGUGCAUGAGCUGCAGGAUCCGUCAGCGCUGUACAGCGAGUUCAUGGAGCUUAUUGUCAAAAUGGCCAAUCACGGCCUGAUUCACGGAGACUUCAAUGAGUUCAACCUCAUGCUGGACGACCAGGACCACAUAACUUUGAUUGACUUCCCUCAGAUGGUGUCUACAUCUCAUACCAAUGCUGAAUGGUACUUUGACCGUGACGUGAAAUGCAUCAGAGAUUUCUUUGCAAAAAGAUUUAAUUAUGAAAGUGAACUCUUUCCAACUUUCAAAGAUAUCAGGCGCUCCUAUUCUCUCGAUGUUGAAGUGUCAGCCAGCGGCUUUUCCAAAGAUUUAGAGACUAAUUCUGAAUUACUACAUCCAGCCGGACCGGAAGAAGAAGAACUGGAGGAUGAUGAUGAAGAAGCAGCAUCGGAGGAGGAGGAAGAAAAGGGGGAAGAGGGUUUUGACAUGGAUGAAUAUAAACAGGCAAUGCUGGAACUAGAGGGACUGAAAGUCAAUGAAACAUCUGCAGGGACACAAGAUCAGGAGGAGGAAAGGAUAGAGGAAUCAAAAGAAGACAUUCCAGAGGUGGUGACCACAGCUGGAGGCCACAAGGACAUGGGAAGAGAAAUUGAGAAUGAGCUGAAGGAAGCAGAUGAUGAUUGUCCAGAGCUGGCUGAGCUUUCUCCCUCCAACAAAGAGUUCAAACCAUUCAGGGACUCAGACAGUCUUCAACAGAUUGCAGAACAUAGAAGAAAGAGAACCGACAGCGAAGCCACCGUGGGCAGCAUCGGGAGCUGUUCUACCAUUCCUCCAGACGUUGUCCGUCAGAAAGUGCGGCAGCAGCUCACCAAACAGCAGAAGGCAGCACAGAGGAGACGUCUGCAGAAGGGCGAGGCUAACGUGGUCACCAAAUCCAGGAGGGAGAACCAAAAUAACAUCAAGUCCAGCAUGGAGAGCGCCUCCUUCUGGGGAUAAUGUGGACUGCAUGAACCGGCAAACAGAAUUUCUGUCAACAUCUGUCUUAUUUUGUCCAUAUUCUAGGUUCUUCUGCCCCUUCAGCUAAGGAACUGUAAAUUUAUUAUAAUGGAUGGAGAAAAGGACACCAGGAGAGCAACUUGAGCUUUUAUACUAUUAAUAGUAAUGAAAACGUAAUCACACAAUAAAAAUAUAUCUGUCUCAGAA